AUGUUCUCUUAUCUAAGUAUACCGUUCUGGGGUACCGAAGAGAAAACUGAACAACUCCCAGAGGAUGCAAAGACUGAUGUCGUCACGGAAAAGGAUCUUCUUGAGCGUAUCUCUUUAACUGUGCUAUCUAAGGGGAGGAACAAGCGUCUAAGAACAGCGGCACUGGCAGAUGACCACUUCGAAGUUAACUUCACGGAUGAAUCCGCUGUGAUUGAAAAUCCGACGAUGCUGAAAGUCUCAAAGAGUGAGAUUAUUGAUUGGAGUAAGAAAGAGUCCUCAUGGUUUUUUAACCCAUUCGCAUCUACCAACAGUGAAAACUUCAAAAUCUUUGAAUUGGUAGAUCAAGUUCAAGCGAAGUUCCCGAAAAUCUUUUUUUCUCUAACCUUGCAUUCAAGUGACUUGAAGGACCAAGACGUCAUGAACGCUCUGAAAAAUAAGACCUGGAAGAAAGUGAAUAUCAUCGGAGGAGAAUUGAAGACCGAGGAUUUGGAUAAAAUCAUGGAAAUGGACAAUUUGAAAAAGGCUUUUGCGUUCAAGAACAUUAUUUUCCCAUUGGGUUAUAAGCAUGUAAAUGCCCUCAAAUUCGCUUCUAUCGAGUAUGAAGACGCUACGUGGCUUCAAAUCGACGACUUGCUAGCCGUCCAACACAAGCCGUCUAUCAUUCUUCGCUCAACAAAUUUCAUGUCGGAAGAAUUGAGUCUUCUACUGAAAAAGUGGCAGAACAGUGAGCACGACAUGUUCAAAUUCUUCAAAUGUUGCAAUAAUGAGUUGGAUAUGGAGAAAGUUCUGGAUGGUUUAGUGACUUUGAAUAUUGACUGGAAAAAAAAGAAAAAUCUCAGUUUUACUUUUAUUGGCGCCGAAAACAUGGAAAAUCGCGAUCUACCAUAUCUAAAAGUUGCUGCCUUUGGUCACACAAUUCAGCUGUUCCCAUUUGCUGACUAUAGAGGGAAGACUGAACCCAGAAUAAUGAGAAAUUUGAUGCAAAAGAAAAAGUUGGAAGACGAGUUGGCCGGAAAAGACGAGAAUGUUGCCCAAGAAAUAACUGCAAAACUUCAAGAGGUGCUCAACUUACUGGAAGAAGACCAAGUAUAUUAUAUCAAUGGAAAAGCCCAACGCAAAACUUCAAGAAUUGCUGCAAUGGCAAUUUAUACUGCGUGGUUUCGCACCAAAAAAACCGGACUGAGAGCUCAUCAACAUAUAUUUUAA